CUAGCCUGGGGACUUCCAAAUGCCCUGGCUGCAGCCUUAAAAAGAAAAAAAAGUGGCUAGGACAAUGCUCUUUCAAUGAUUCUCUACUGCCAGGUGACUCUAGCUAAAAAGUGUUAGACUCCAGCUGAUCACAAUUUACCCAAACAUUAAGGAUCCCUAAAUCUGAGAGACCUAAGUUUCCUCCCUGUUUAUCUUCAACAUAUGAAGAAGCGGAAGUAAUGAUGCUGAGGUUAGUCUGACCUGUGUUCAGAUUCCAGCUCUCCUCGCUGGGUGAUCCCAAGUAAGUUACUUAACCUCUCUGUGUCUCCACCUCCUCAGCAAAUUGGACUUAAUAGUAGUACCAACCUCAGAGUGGUUGUGAAGGCCAAAUGAGUUAACACGUGAAAAGAGUUCAGAGCCUCACCGGGCACAUUGUCAGCACAUACGUGUUACAUACUCUUAUCGCCUCCCAUUACUUUUACAGAAUUACAAAGUGACUCAAGGGAGGGAGAGGAAUGAAAGUCCAAAAGUAGCAGCUGGGCUUAAGGCACCUGCCUGAAUUCUUCUGGGAUUUCAGUGGACUUGGGUACCUUCCUCUCUAGUUGUUUUGUGAAAUUCGGGGAAGUGCUGGGCUGCCUGCGGUGGUAACACUUGCUCUGUAGUCAGUGUUUUCCUGCAGCACCUGCGCCUCCUAGAAAUGUAGAUUUUCACUCCCCGCCCCAGACCCACCCAACCGCAAACUAGGGUUGGGGGCGCAGCCAACCGUCUGCUUUAACCAGCCCUGCAAGUGAGGCAGACAUGAGCUGCUCGGGCACUCCAGGAUUCCUCAGAGAAAGCAGGAGUUGUUAAGCCUGCUAGAGAGAAAUUUCACCCGGGGUCCUUUAUCAUCUCACGUUUCUCCUUAAGAAAGGGAAAGAGGGGCUGACGUGCCUUGACUAAAACAAAAGGAGGAAAAAAACACCCAUGAAGUUUCUGCAGCAUUAUUAGCAUCAUCAUUAUUCUGGCUGGAGCCAUUGCAUUUAUCAUCGGUUUUGGUAUUUCAGUGGCUGAAGGAAGGUGUUACGGGCUUGGUCCACGAGUUCAAAAAAGGCAAAGAUGACCUGUCAGACCAGGAUGAGAUGUUCAGAGGCCGGACAGCAGUGUUUGCUGAUCAAGUGAUAGUUGGCAAUGCCUCUCUGAGGCUGAAAAAUGUGCAACUCACAGAUGCUGGUACAUAUAAAUGUUACAUCAUCACUUCUAAAGGCAAGGGGAAUGCUAAACUCGAGUAUAAAACUGGAGCCUUCAGCAUCCCAGAGGUGAAUGUGGACUCUAACGCCAGCUCAGAGAGCUUACGAUGUGAGGCUCCCCGAUGGUUUCCCCAGCCUACGGUGGUCUGGGCAUCCCAGGUUGACCAGGGAGCCAACUUCUCAGAAGUAUCCAACACCAGCUUUGAGCUGAACCCUGAGAAUGUCACCAUGAAGGUUGUGUCCGUGCUCUACAACGUCACAAUCAACACCACAUACUCCUGUAUGAUUGAAAACGACAUUGCCAAAGCCACAGGGGAUAUCAGAGUGACAGACUCUGAGAUUAAAAGGCAAAGUCACCUACAGCUGCUGAACUCAAAGGCUUCCUUGUGUUUGUCUUCUUUUGUUGCCAUCAGCUGGGUACUCCUGCCUCUCUGUCCUUACCUGAUGCUAAAAUAAUGUAGCUGGGCUACACAGAAACAUGCAAAGUCAUUGGUAUGACAGAAUCCCAGGAAUCUUCAGAACUAUUUCACCACAAGAUAUGACCUAGUUUUAUAUUUCUGGGGGGAAAUGAAUUCAUGACUAGAAGUUGAGAGUGAACAAAUAAGAUCAAGAAGCAAGAAGAAGCCAAAAGCAACCCACAGAAGACUUCAAUCUGAACAAGAUAGAUUUAUCUUCAAAGACAUAUAUUAAAAGUUGGGAAAGUAAUUCUUUUGAACUAGAGAAGUGUGUUAGGACUGUUAAGUAAAAUGCAUGUGGAAACAAGUGUAUCACCACAUCUCAGGGACCUCCUCAAACACAUCCCCACCAGGGGAGUGAGAGAAUGGGAUACUGCAUCCCUCUUGUCUCUGAAUCUUUAGCUAUUUUGCUGUAAUGUUGCUCUGAGGAAGUUCCUAGAAAGUUUUGAUUGCAAUAUAUCCAUGUUUUAUAAUCCACAAAUUGUGGUGGAUUCAGCAAGCUGCUGCUGAUUAGCUGCCACUUCACAAUUCAGAGGCAGCCACAUUUUAGUGAUAGGUAAAAAGAUUCACUUUUCAUUACAAUUCAAAAGUGCCCCAUAUAUUCUCCCACCUGGUACGUGCUCAAGAAAUGUGGGAAAUGAUCAUAAUGUUAACAUGAAAAAUACCGUUCGGUGGCACUGAUUUUCUAAACUACUUAACCAUGAGCAUCUUAUUUUUAAAACAAACUAAUGCCAUUUUACUUCAGAUGGUGUUCAUCCUUAAAUUAAUGAAAGGAUUUCUCAUCUUGACUAUAUGUGGCAUUAUACCAUCAAGACUUGAUGGACAGUGGUCACCUCAGCAUCUAGAGUAGUGACACUCAACCAGAGUGAUUUUUCACCACCCCAGGAGACAUCUGAACAUUUUGGAGACGUAGUUGUUGUUAAAACUCAGGGGAAGGGUGCUACUGGCAUCUAGUGGAUAGAACCCAGGUAUACUGCUCAACAUCCUACAACAUACAGGCCAUCCCCCCACAAUAAAGAAUUAUCCAGACUGAAAUGCCAAUCAUGCCAGGAUUAAGAAACCCUGAUAUAGAGUCAAAAAGGAUCUAAAAAAGAGGGAGCAAACAAACUUGUUUGCUUCUUAAAACUGAGCAUUAGCCUUUGACUCCUUGGCUGCUGCCUCAGCAGAGUUAGAACUCAGUUUCAGGCAACCAGGAAUUCCUGAUGGGAUCAUCUUCAGCUGGUUGAGCUUCUAAGUUCUUUUCUUCUACUCUACAAAUCAAGUCCUAUGAGAUUGCUGCUUGAGUUCCAUCUCAAGUUCUCUCAUUCUGAAUUUAGUCUCAGGACCCUGCCUAAGGCAACAAAAACAUGUAACUUCCUUGAAAAAGAGGCUUCUGAAAUCAGGGGCAAUGAAAUGAGGCCCUGAAGAACGAAGCUUUGAUAGAAAAGAAUGUUUUGUUUCUAGCCACCUCCCACAGGUGUUGACCACUGCCUCCCUGGCACUUUGGACCCACCAUGGCUGUAUUACAUUUUGUUAUACAGAAAAGUUUAUUUUAGAGUUCUAAUCAUUCAAGAGAAUGAUUAAAUAUCCAUUUCCUAUGCUGUUGCCUGUGUGGUUUGUCAAAGUGUGUGUAAGGGAAAAUAGAUAAAAAGUCAUAGAUCAGGAGAGCUCAUUGUGGCCUAGCAGAAAUGAGUCUGACUGGUAUCCAUGAGGACACAAGUUCUAUCCCUGGCCUCGCUCAGUGGGUUAAGGAUCUGGUG